AUGAAUGUUGAAAACGUUGCUUCAUCUUCCGGUUGCUCUACGGCAGUAACCGUUUUCUCCAUUUUCGGAAUUGUAUAUACCUUAUUGAAAGCAAAAUCAGUUGCUCAAUUCCUCUACAACAAUUAUCUUGCUAAAGGAACAAAGCUUACUGUUUAUGGUGCCAAGCAUGGUUCUUGGGCAGUCGUUACUGGCGCUACCGAUGGCAUUGGAAAGGAAUAUGCUACUCAGCUGGCCACUUCGGGAUUCAAUAUUGUUUUGAUUAGCCGUACUCAAGAGAAGUUAAGUGCCUUGGCUCAGGAACUCGAAACAGUUGCUAAAAUCCAAACCCGUACCAUUGCUUUAGAUUAUACCAAAGCAAACAAGGAUUCUUUUGAAAAAAUAGCUGAACAAUUAAAGGAUUUGCCUAUCACGAUAUUAAUUAAUAAUGUCGGCCAAUCCCACGUUAUGCCAACCAGCUUUGAAGAAACAACUGAGAUGGAGAUGGACAAUAUCAUGCAUAUCAAUUGCUUCGGAACUCUUCAUACUACAAAAGCCGUCCUUCCUAUCAUGAUGGAACAACGUCGCAAAGACAAGAAGGGCCCUCGUUGUUUGAUCUUAACCAUGGGCUCAUUCGCUGGUCUUAUUCCUUCCCCUUACUUAAGUACAUAUGCCGGUUCCAAGGCUUUCUUAUCCAAUUGGUCUGCAUCCAUGGCUGAAGAAGUGAAAUCCGAAGGUAUUGACGUCUGGUGUUAUAACUCUUAUCUUGUUGUUUCAUCCAUGUCAAAAAUCCGCCGCCCCAACAUGACUACUCCUACUCCCAAAGCAUUUGUACGUGAAGCUUUGGGCAGCAUCAAUGUCCAACGCGGUGGAAGCACUCCCUACAUCAGCCAACCUUAUCCUACUCAUGCUAUAAUGAGCUGGUCUUUGGAGGAACUACUUGGGAAUGUUAAAUACUUUGUAGUAAACCAAGUUGCUGCAAUGCAUCUUGACAUUCGCAAGCGUGCCCUAAAAAAGCAAGCUCGAAUCCAACAAUCGGUCUCUGCUCAGACUAGUACUUAA